UUUUAGAUGUCACUUCAUUUCCAUUAAAGUAGCGAACCAGUAAGAUGCGUAAACGAAGACUAUGGUGGUUUGUAGUCCUUUUUCGUGUCACACUGGUUGGUGCCAUUUUGCCAAAUGAGACGUUCGAUGUGAGACGAUACUAUGCGGAUCGAUUCCUUAUUGAGGAUGAAGAAAAUGGAUCUUCAAGAUCAUAUUAUAUUUCCGCAGAAUCAAAAGCAAAAGCUGCAGAGCAAUUCGCACUACUAGCACCCAAUUGUUCAUUAACUAGCGACAUUCAAGAAAACACUUGCAAUGAGACAAGCUCAUUUUGCGAUCAUCGAGUUGAUUCGACUUACAAAACAUAUCAUUAUGAGCAAGAAAAAUGCAACUGUUUCAUAGAAACUUGUGACGAAGAGACCAACUCGACAGAAUUAAUGGUCUUGUAUCCAGACUGUUAUUGUGGAAAACGAGAGAAACAUUGCGAUCUGAGCAAAGAAAAGUGCCAUUGGACUCCAGAUAGUGAUCAUGAUGAUUUAAAAUUUGAAGUUUUUGAGUCAUCUAAUAAGGUCCUUUUUGAUUAUAUGCUGCAAGCUGGUUCAGAAAAGGCAAAUCUCAAAAUGAACAAGGUUUCGAUGGUUAGCAAGUUUUUUAGGCAAAGUGGUUUCAACUGUUCGUUACGAUUUAUGCAUCACUUCACUCAUCAAUCCUCAACAUCUCGACUUGUCGUAAGAUCCAUUUUGCAAUCUGGGGAAAAGAAAAACCUAUACGAGCACUGGCUGAAACCAGCCAGCGUAUUUUGGGUGCCGGUCCAGGUUGCGAUUGGAUCUUACGCAGAACCAUUUAAAAUUUCAAUAGAUUGUGAGACUGGAUUUCCACCAAAGAAGAAGAAAAAUAAGCCAUUCACAUGCAGUAUAGCAGACAUCUACUUUGAAAACUGUGGUGAGAUUCGAGACCCGAUUGAGCAAUGUUCUCGUGGUGAUCAAUUUCUAUGCUCUAUAUCUGCUAACACACGGUGCCUCCAAAAUGCUCAAUGUGAUUCACGAAUUGAUUGUGACGAUGAAUCUGAUGAAAUGGACUGCGGAAAUAUUAAUGGGACAAUGUGCGACUUUAAUGGUCAGGAUUACUGUAACUCUUGGUACCAAGUUACAAAUGUUACUGAUUACCAUGAAAGACUAUCCGAACCAACUACAGUUGCCCCUUUAAACAAAUUGAAUGAAGUACCUCUACAUCUAUUCCGCCUGCAAUCGCCGUCAGCGAAAAUCAAGGAGGCUAUGCGAGGAUCAGGGAAUAUGCUGGUUUUUGAUCACAAGCCAAACCCUUUGACUAGAAGAACAUCAGCUUUAGUCUCACCAGAACUACCAAGAACAAAUCCAGAAGCAUAUGAUGAGAAAAGUCCAUUGUUUAAGUCGUGUAAACUUCGAUUCUACCUUUGUUCGCGAACAUACUCAAAAGUAUGGCAAAUAUCUGUAAUAUCAAAAGGAAUCAAUCCGAUGGAAAGUGGAAGAACAAUAAUUUAUGAAGCAGGAUAUACUUUGAUCCCAAAAGAAAAUUGUACCUGGGAAAGAGUAUUUGUGAAUAUACCAAGACAAAAUGCAGGAUUUCGUAUUGGAAUAUUUGUGACAAAUUAUUUCCCUGGUUCCGAAGAGUAUGUGGCAAUCGAUAAUCUAUCCUUCAGUCCUACCUGUUUUGAAAGAGAUAUUAAUCAGUCAACUUGGGACAUCCCCGAUCUUUUCAUUAAUACAUGUGGAGCUUCUGGGUUUGAGCAACCACAAAACUGCGAUCACAAUCGAGAACUUGAUGGUCAAACCGGUCAUUUUCUGAAAGAAGACGGAACUCAGCAAUGGACAGUUCCUGUUACAGGAUUUUAUAGGAUGGAAAUAUGUGGAGCUGGUGGUGGUUCAAACUCAAAAGCAUCGGGAGACACUGGAGAUUGUGUCACACUUCAGGUUCACCUGAUCGAAAAUCUCUCCCUGCGUAUGCUAAUUGGUCAAAUGGGAGAAAGUCCAUGCUUCACGGAGCACGAUGAUGAGCUUCGACCUUCUUCAUGCUCAAAAAUCAGCCACAACUACGUGUAUGAUGGAAAACGAGGGGCUGCUGGUGGCGGAGCAACUCUGCUAACCGUUGAAAAAGAUUUGUGGAAUGUUGUGGCUGGCGGUGGAGCUGGAGCAUCAUGGGAUGGUUUUGACAUGGAAGUCGGUUAUGGAGCAUCCGCAAUUCAUGUCAAGCCAGAUCAAAGGUGUAAUGAAACAUGUAAAGCCGUGUCGCAUACUGAUUUUAUCGUUGAACGACGCGAUAAUCGAUGUCCCGGCGAAAAAGGUGAAAGCACAGUGUUCGGAGGAUUCGGUGGAGGUGGGAACUCAUGUGGAAUGCUCGGUGGCAGUGGUGCAGGAUAUCAAGCAGGAAAUCCGUUUGGGAAGAGUAGAGCGAGAAGUGGAUCAAGUAAUGUGUCCAUUGACUUUUCAAAAUCGCCCAUUUACUAUCAAUCCGAAAGACUUGACGAAGGUUAUAUCAAAAUUGCAUUUUGCCGCAAACGUUGUGAACCUCCAACAGUGUGUAGGUUCCGAAAAGAUUACUUUGAAGAAGAGUACUGUGGCUGUCCUGAUGGAUCAAAUGUCACUGACACUGAGGAAGCUUGUGCUUUUCCUCUGGUAUGCCCUUCAUCAUCGACAAACCAGUACCGCAAUUUUACCUACGAACCAUUUUGUCUUUGCAACAACGGGAAGGAAAUUUAUGACGUGUACAACGAUACUUGCGAAGAAAUCCAAAUUUGGACCUUGUACAACAUUACGUUUUUGAUCUUCGCGGCCCUAACGAUCAUUGGUGCCUUGUUCGUUGUUUAUCACUACCGUAACCGCGAGAAGCAGAUGAAACAGGAAAUCUUAGAUCUCACCCAAAUGAAAUCACCGGAUUACCUUUACGAUGACAUCUAUUUCGGUCGAACGACCAGAAAAGCUGCUCUCGACUCUUUACCAUCAAUAUCAAGAGAUUCGAUUGAAAGGGGAAGAGUGCUGGGAAGAGGAAACUUUGGUGAAGUUUACUACGGGGAAUAUAGUGGUGUCAAGCUCGCAGUAAAAAUGAUUUCAAGGACGUUCUCAGCCAGCCAAGCGUCGCAGUCAGAUUUCUGCAACGAAGCGCUUUGUAUGGGAACAUUCGUGGAUGAGAAUGUAGUUCGUCUGAUUGGAAUUGACUUCGAGAAGGUCCCAUAUAUGAUUGCACUUGAGUACAUGGAAGGUGGCGAUUUACUAUCUUUUGUGAAGGAGUGCCGUCCCAACCAAGUAUCACUAAAUCCAUUCCAAUUGGCAAUGAGUGACUUAAUUAAAAUAUGUUGUGACGUGGCAGCGGGUUGUAAAUGCCUGGAAACAUUUGGAUAUGUUCACAGAGAUAUCGCAGCACGAAAUAUUUUACUCACAACAAGAGGACCGCAAAGAGUUGCAAAAAUUGCUGAUUUCGGAAUGGCAAAAGAGAUUACAUAUGGGACUGAAUACUACCGGAUAAAUGGGCGAACAAUGAUGCCAAUAAAAUGGACUCCACCUGAAGCAUUCAUCGACGGUGUCUUCACAACAAAGUCUGACAUAUGGAGCUUUGGAGUUCUAUGCUGGGAAGUAUUUUCUCUUGGAGUUGUCCCAUAUCCAAACCGACGUAACGAAGAGGUGAUGCUCAUGCUGACAGAAGGUGCUCGUCUAGAAUAUCCAUAUGGUAUUCCCACAAGAGUCUAUCAAUUGAUGCGUGACUGUUGGAAGACUGCUGCGGCUGAUCGACCAAAGUUUGUGGAUGUCGUCGAGAUUUUCCAAGACAUUCAAGAUGAUCCGGCCUCUGUUGGCAUGCCUUUCCCAAUUCAUCCAGCCGUUCGAGCAACAUUUGCACAUUCGCAAUCCACGCCAGUCUCCGUGGAGACACCAAUGACCGCAAUGACUGAAAUCUCACUGAACAGUACAUUUACAGAUGCUUCUACGGUGAAAGUAUCUGCACAACAAGACAUGCAGGAUAGAAUCCAACUGCACGAACUGAUGCUAACUCGUGAGCAUCCAUACACUUCGGAGCUCACAUCAUAUGUUGUAAAUAGUAUUCGAAAAGAUCUCGCAAGAGUCCAAUAUGAGAAUGGAUUGACAUCGGUUCCACAACCAGAGUACCUUUCACCGGAAAACAACGACGAAUCCGUUCAAUUGAUUCCUCAAAGUAACACUGUUACUGAUCAAACCCCACCAACAUCUUUAAUUGAUUUGAAUAGACUCGGUGUGCAAAAUACGGGUCCAACACUACACCGGCCAGACUCUCUGAACUUCAACGAUCCAUACAGUAGUGUUCCGUUGCUUGAAUGUCAAACCCGCUGAUCUAUUUUUUUUGUACCAUCUGUGACCAAAAUGGGUGUUCUAGCCAUCGGGUCUUGUCCAGUUAUAUUAUCAUGAUCUCUCCCCCAUCUGUGUGUAUGUUUCCAAAUUCCGAUUCAUCACAUAUCCACUCCUCGGAACAAAGCAUACUCAUUUUAGGUAUCUUUUUCCGUUCAGUCAUCUGAAAUGUUUAUUGUAUGUAUAUAGAAAUUUUCAUAGACCCUUGUGAAUAAAUGCCAUGUAUUUUC